UCAGGGUUGAUUUUUUUAAGGAUUGACUGGUUUGAUCUCCUUGCUGUCCAAGGGACUCUUCAAGCGUCUGUUCCAGCACCACAGUUUGAAAGCAUCAGUUCAAUUUUUACCAUCUAGAUGGCACAAAAACAUUUAUAUUUACAUUGUUGUGUGUGUGUGUGAAUCGUCCAGUGAAGUUAAUGGGGUUUACUCUGUCCAGGUGCUGUCCUCUGCAAGGAGCAGAUACAGUGGUCAGAACAGAUUUAACAUCAGCCUCUGGCAAGGUCACUGUCCUUUGGGCCACAGAGCAGUAAAUACUUGUUGGAUGGAUGAAGUGUGCGUGUGCAGGGAGUAGGGAAAGGAAGACUAAAAUACGAACCAGCUGAGGCUUUUCAGGACUCUCAAAACCGCAGUCCCAGCUAACAUUUUCUGGGCAGUUAUACUCUGGGGAAUCCUGCAAAUUAGAAGAGGUGACAAGGAAACUCAAGGGACCAAUGGCCUGUUUUUAUUAAAGGAAAGAAAAGUAGAUUCAGGCCAGCUCUAAACUGAUGACUCAUGACAAUCCCAGGCAAAUUCUAGAAUUAAAAAUCAUUUUUCAGUGGAUAGAGAAGAAAGCCGUGGACAGUGGGAGACACUGCAGGUAUACAGGUUCAACGUCUCAUUGUGCAUUUUGAUGAGUUUUGUAGACAAGUGGUCAGUAUACAAUCUCGUUAUUUUUCCUGACUCCACCAAAGGUUUAAUGCCAUCUCUGAGAAUCACCCUGUGUCUCAGAUGGCAAAGCAUCACUCCUGUGAUAGAGUGUGGGUCACAACUGGCGACUGCACUGCGUUCGUUUGCACAUUACCGAUUUCAUGGGUCGAUGUCAAUUUCAAGAGCACAGAGGUGAGGGCAGUUAGUCCUGGAAGGGAAAGGGACAUCAUAGGGACAGCCUGGCUUGGAGAGUGGACAGAGUUGCACACUUCUGCAGAGUUGGCUCAUUGUUGAGGAUUAGCUGGGACAGGCUUGAAGCAGUAGGUGUAUUUUCAAGAAGGCCUAAUGUUUUGUUUUGCUUGGGUUGGGUUUUUUUAAUUGCUUGUGGUCUCAGAGGGUGCUGCCUGCUUGAUGGGUCUGAUUAAGAAUCCCCUUGUGUGUUAGUGUAAUUGGGGACCAGAGUGAGGGAGGGGACCGUCCCACUGCAUAGGUUGGGUUGCAUCCAGAAUUUGGGGGAGUGCCUAUUCAGUGGGGGAGUGGUGGAGAUGACUGGUGGGAGGAAGUGCCUUUCGGGUGAGAUCUUGGGGUGAGUGUGGGAUAGGAGCGAAAACCCAGGGGAUGCUGGCUCAGAUGGAGCCGCCCCCCCCCCCCACCCCCCCAUCCAGGAGGUGGCAGAGUAGUUAGGCUUAUAAUCCCAUCAGAUGAAUCAGAGGUGAAACCCAGGGCAUCCAGUGGAAAUGGCCAGUGAGCAGGUGGAGAUCUGUUGGUAGAACCUGCAUGGAGGAGACGUGGAGUGGGGAGCAUUCUCCCUUUGGUUUCUCCUAAAUCGGAGGCCAGACAUGGAAUUGGUGUUCUUUCCAUUACUGUUGGGUUUAGGACUUGAUCCUUGACUUCACUUAUUCUUUCAUUCCUUCCUUCCUUAUUUUUAAAUCAAUUCAAUUUUGUUUUUAUUUUUAUAUUUAUCUAACCUUUUGUUUUAAACUUUUAAACCUAUUUGACAGCAAAAAGUUCAGACCAAGGCUUGUAUGCUCUUCACCUGGACUUGCCAACUGUUGGCGGUUGGCCACGUUUGCUCUCAUUGUGUAUUGAUCUUCCUUCCUUUCUCAUCUCUCUGUCCGUCUGUCUGUCUCUGGGACCUCUUUGAAGGUAACAUCAUGACUGUUUAAUUGGCUUAACUGCUUCCUACCCUGAGCCCUCCUAAGGACAUGGUGAAAGUGAAAGUGUUAGUGACUUAGCCGAGUGACCCCAUGGACAGUAGCCCACAGGCUCCUCUGUCCAUGGGAUUCUCCAGGCAAGAAUACUGGAGUGGGUAGCCAUUCCCUUCUCCAGGAGAUCUUCCUGACCCAGGGAUCAAACCUAUAUCUCCUGCAUUACAGGCAGAUUGGCAGGUUCUUUACGGUCUGAGUCAUCAGAAAGGCAGCACUGAUGCAGUAUUACCUAAAUGCACUUUCUAAUCAGAUUUCUUUGAGGGUCUCCAGAAGCAUCCUUAAAACUUGAAGUUGUAAAAUUUUUCAAUUUUUUUUACUUAUCUAGAACCCAAUCAUGAAUUAACCUGGGGGGAGACUUUUCACAUUCUUAACCCUUAUCUGGAAUACCUUAUCGGGAAUAUCUGACUCUUCAGGACUAGAAAUGGGCCUGGAAAUCUGGAUUUUCCCAACUUUUUAGUGUGAAAAAAUUCAGACCUUCAAGAUAGUUAUAAGAAAAGUUUGUUUAGGUUCACUGGUUGUUUUGAUGGCUUUGCAUUUUCUAUAGGUCACUCUAGAUACAUACACACCGUUUUAUUUAUUCAUUUUUGCCUUUGAACUGUUUAAUUAAAUCAUGAUACUUUAUUCCUGAAUUUUUCAGCACGUUUCCCCUAAAAACAAGGAUAUGUGCCUACGUAAUCACAAUAUAAUGAUCACACUCAGAAAGUUUAACACUACUUACAGCACAGUUAACUGAUUUAAGUCUAUAUUCAGACCUCCUAGUUUAUUGCAAUAGUAUCCUUCAAACAGCCCGCUCCACCUUUGAACUGUUGAUGUCUUUUUUAUUUAAAAGAUUUAAAAAAUUAAGAUAGAUUUUAUUCCACAAAGUCUCAUGGGUAAACUACAUGUCUUUCCCCUAAAAUAUGUUGCUUUUUGUGAUAUUCUGUAGCACUUAGGAGGUGGAUAACGUGAAAAAUCACAGUAAAGAGAAGCGGAUUUCUUCCUUCACAGCGGAUGGGUAAUUUAAAUGUGGAGUCAUGAGCAGUUUGGGGAAAACAUGUAGAUAAAAACACAAGUGCACUAGUUUUUGAAAGAAGAGGUCAGUCUUGGCAGGGCUGUUGGGUGGCAGAGGAAUUAGAUUUAAUCCAUCCCGUCAAAUUUAAGGGAAAAACAGCUAGCUUGGAAACUUUCUGUGACUCAUUGGAGCUAAUGAAAAUAUUCCUUAAAAUGAUCAAAGUGCUCUUGCUUUACCUCUGUGAUGUCUGUGGCUAGCAGACAUUUAAUUGACAUUCCUGGACUUUGAUUUCAGGACUGUCCUUCUCAUGGGCACGGACUUUGAGCCAGUAACGUGGCUUCUGUGAAUGUUUGUGUUACACACACAGUGCUUGUGUAAAAGUGCUGAAAUCAGUCACAUUUCAGAAUGUAAGGCAUGGAAACCUUGUCAAGGUUUAAGUAACAUUUUCCGAUUUGGUAAUAUAUUUAAAAUACAUAGAAAAUUAAUUCAUUAACUUUAUUAAUGUAUUAACGAGUUAAGACAUCAUCAGAAUGGGAAACUUUUACCCAUUAAAAGAUGCUUUAAGAUAAGCAAUAGGUCAAUCACAGCCUGGGAGAAAAUUUUGUAACACAUGUUGUCUGUUAAAGGGCCAUUAUCCAGGGAAUACAAAGACGUCCUACAGUUCAACUUAGGAAAACAUUUAAAAAAAUAGGCAAAUGUUCAGAAGAUUUGAGUAGACAGUUCACAGAAAAGAAAUAAAUAGCUAGUAAGCACAGUAGAAAAGUGCUGGAACAUUGGCCCUCGGGGGAAUGCAAAUUAAACCAACAGAUACCACUGCAUACUCAUCAGAGUGGCUAAAAUUAAAAAGACUGACCACAGCAAAUGUUGACAGCAUCUUAGAACAAAAGAACUGUUACACAUUUUUGGUGUGUAUAUAAAAUGGUGGAACCACUGGAGUCAAAGAUCUGGCAGUUUCUUACCAUACUGAGUGUGCCUGAGCCCUGUGACCCAGCAAUUCCACUCCUAGGUAUUUAUUUCCCAGGAGAAGCGCAAGCUUUUAUUUCUAAUAUGGAAGCAAUGUUCUUGCACAAGAAUAUCCCCAGCAGCUUUAUUCGUAACACUCAAGGCCUGCCAACAGUUCAGACUUCUACCAGUAGGAGAAUGCUCUGGUAUACUCAGGUGAAUUUGUCCAACGGAAUACUUCCCAGCAACAGGGAGCCAUGCAGUACCCCUGCCUAUAACAUACCUGGCCCCUCAGAAUGUAGAGCUCAGGGAGACAGGCCUUACGGCAACAAGCAUAUACCAGAGACGAAGCAGGGAGGACCCAAGAACGGGAGGAAAGGAGGACUUUCUGGAAGUUCAUUUUUCACAUGGUUUAUGGUCAUCGCACUGCUCGGAGUCUGGACAUCAGUAGCUGUGGUCUGGUUUGAUCUUGUUGAUUAUGAAGAAGUGUUAGCCAAAGCAAAGGACUUCCGUUAUAACUUGUCAGAGGUACUUCAAGGAAAGCUUGGAAUCUAUGAUGCUGAUGGUGAUGGAGAUUUUGAUGUGGAUGAUGCCAAAGUUUUAUUAGAAGGACCUGGUGGGUUAGCCAAGAGAAAAACCAAGGCUAAAGUUAAAGAACUCACUAAAGAAGAGCUCAAGAAGGAAAAAGACAAGCUGGAGUCAAGGAAAGAAAGUAAGCAUGAAGAGCGAAAAAGGGGGAAGAGAGAAAAAGAGGAUGACCGGAAGGAUAAGAAGAUUGCAGAUUCAGAUACUUCCAAGAAAGAGGCUCCUAGGGGUAAAAAAGACAGAGAAAAGGAGAAAGUGGGACUGGAGAAAGGUACUAAAGCCAAGGAAAACAGGAGGAAAUCCAUGAAUAUCAAAGAUGUUCCUGGUAAAGUGGCACCCAGAGACAAAGAUGAGCGAAGGGAAGAGAGAAGCUCUGCCAAACACGCACACUUAGCCAAGGGAAAUAACCAGAAAAGAAAGAGCUAAAGCUGGAGCAGCAGCAUCUCAGGAAAUGGUAAUAAUCUUCAUCGUGAUUUGCUGCUAAAGGGCAUAGAAAGCUUAGUAUUGCUCUAGUUGGGGAAGAUGUGUCAUGUAGCCAAUGAAUAUAUUUAUUGGUGCUCAGCAAAUAAAUUCUUUGAAAUUGAGGUACCUGUCUCAUGCUCCUACGUUUAAAAGAUGAAGUUUUUAAAAAUUAUGUAAUACAAAUGUGAUAUAAUAAGGUCUGUUUUUAUUAAUUUAUUGAUCAUAUAUCCAGAUAAAUGUAUAUGUAAUCUGAAUUGUAAUGAAUUUAUUAAAAUAGAAUAUCUUCAUUGAAGUGAAGUAAGAAUUUUAAACUUUUAAAUAGUAUUUAUACGCAGAGUGAUUUGUAAGUUUUAUGAAUGAGAAAUAGGGAGUUAGGAAGUUACCUUCUUUUUGUUGGCUGUUUUUCUUCCCUACUCCUCUUUCCUGCGUUCCCUUUCUUCUUCACCUACUCUUUUCUUUCUCCACUCCCUUUCUCGUUCCCCUUUUCCUUCCUGUCUUUCUCUUCCUGCACCGCCCCCUGCCACCCCCAAGCUCUUCUGAGGGCAUCUCCUCAGGAUGUCGCCUGCAUGUCUCGCCCCCAUGGCCCAGCCAGCUCCCCCGUUUCCCUGGGGACUGCCCCUUCCUGAGGCUCUUCCCCACUCAGCUCCACCUUCUACAUCUCCUUUCAUUCUCUGCUGCUUGGUCUUGUACAAUCUGCUCUACCUCCCUUUACACCCCUCCUUGCCGCCUCACUCCUUACCCCUCCUCAGUAUCUCUCCCUUUCCAACCAUCUGUCCCCCACCUUCUCCUGUCCCUCAGUAAACACUGGAUAUUCACUGUGUUUUGAGAAUUCUAGAACCAGCCUUGGAUAAAAGAGAAUUUUAUGUAUAAGAACAAUUUUAGAACACUUGUUUAUGAUAUCUUUACAGACGCAGAAUCAUUAUAGAAGGUUUUAAUUAUUUCAAAUUAUAAUGUGCUUUCAUUUUAUAUCACAAUUUUUCAGUUCUAUUGUUGGAAUGGUGCAUAUUUUUCAUAUUUGAUUGUAUCAUAGUUGUUUACCAUUUCUAAGGAGUUGCCAAUCUGAGAUCUAACUAGAGAUCAAAAUUGAAUUCAGAAAACAUUUAAUAAAAUGAAAUUUCAGUAAGAAGUACUUUCUGACAAAUAGUCUGUGCUGUUCUGCAUGAAGUCUUAAGUCUUUAAUGGUGACUGCUGGCAAAAUUCAGUUACUGAAUUUGAGGGGAGCACCCUGGUUUGUUGUAACAAAAUUGUAAGUGCUGCCACAAAAAUUUUAUUUAAAAAAAAAAAAUUCUUCAGCUUUUUCUAUGAAGAGCUUUUAAAAGCAGAGAUUUUGGCCCAACUAAAGAUAUUUCAAGUCAGAAAUGAGGAAGCAUUAAGUGUAAAAUUUUCUAAAAGUAUUGUGCAUGUUUUAUAAUACUGUGGCAGCUUUUCAUGCUUAAAACCAAGCACAUGCAUUCAUUUAGUUGACAAGAAUUCCAACUGAUAUAAUAAAAUUACACAGCAUGGGGGCCUAGAGAAUAUCCGGUCUAAUAUCUGUAACCCAGUCCUAUGAUUUUAUUGUUUAAAAACAGGCCCAAAGAAAUUGUCACGUGUUAAUUUUGGGUUUCAUGUGCUGAUCAGUCUGAAUUAUGUUGUUCUUAUAGAUCAAUUCUAGGAGCACAGUAAACCACAGAGAAUUUUAUGGCUCAUUUGAUUGGCAAAUGUGGGGCAUUGGCUUGAAGUGAAUAUUAAUAGAUCUCAAGUACACACCUGUAAUCAGAGCUGAUUCUUCCUUGCUCUGUCCUCAAGUCUUGGUUCUACUGAUCUAUAUUUUACUUUAUUCUCCAUGGAGCUUCUACCACUUGAUGAGGGUGGUAGCCUUCCACAGGUGCUGGAAACAAUCUUUCUAGUUUAGCCGUCCUUGUGCAAAGACGCAGUUUUCUGGGCUGGCUCUGGGAAAGAAGUCGUAGGAGUCCAGCUGUCCUGGCUGGGUCUGGAAGCAUCUGUGGCCAAUUCUAUAGUUGGGGUUGGGUCCAUCUUCUCAGGCUGGCUCCUAUACAUAAAUCUUUGGGUGAGGGUUGGGGGGUGGUGUCCCUCUCAAACCAUGUGACAUUUCCUACAGAAUAGAGUUUCUGGGAAAAGAAGAGGGAGGCUCUGAUAAAAGCAGAACUAUAUCCAGCAACCAUAUAAAAUUAUAACCUUUAAAAAACAUAUCCUGAUGUUUGAUCUUGCCAAGAUAAAUGGAUUGAGUUUUUAAAUUUAUGUACCAAAUUUCAUGUUAAUUUCUGUACAGAUGACUUUUUUUCCCCUCCCUUGCAGAGGAGGGCAGAGAAUUAUAAUUACCUUUAGUGAGGGCAUUCUGGUAAUUUUUACCCUAGUUUUUGAAGGACAAUUAAUCCUACAGGGCAUAAUGUACAUAAAUGCUAAACUUUAAGAAAUUGGUGAUAAAAAUUUAGAAAAACUAAUCAGUGUAAGCAAAUAAACAUGUUGUUUUUUUUUUGUUGUUGUUGUUCUAUUGUUUUGUCACUUAGUCAUAUCUGACUCUUUAGGACCUCAUGGACUGUAGCCUACCAGGCUCCUCUCUUCAUGGGAUUUCCCAGGCAAGAAUACUGGAGUGUUGCUAUUUAGCAAAGCACUUGAAAAUAUUUUCGUUCUAUCAUUAAAUUUUCCUUUGAAUCACAGCUCAAGAAUCAAAUUGAAUUCAAACUUCUCUAUUAAACAUCAGAAACAUUUCAAGAGCUCUUAUGAACUGGGAAUUGGCUUAUAUUCUUUCCUUCUAUUUUCUUCAGUAAAUAAAGCUGUCAACUGAAUUUUAUUGAAGUUGACAUAACACUUUACCCAGAUGCAUUGACACUAUUCACCUGAAAAACUUAGGGCAAGAUACGCUUUUGGUCAUGAUUAAUGGGUUAAGAUUAUGCUUGCUUCCUUAGUUUUACUUGCUUUUUUACUCCAUACAUAAUUAUUUCUGCAUUCUGCUGCUUCAUACUGGUUAGUUUAGACUAACUAAAAACCAAAAGGUCACCCUUUGGAAACGUCAGCUAAAAAUAGGGACAAAAUUUCAUAAUUUGCAGUAGUUGGGAGUUAGAAUAAGUCCUGAAAAGUGAAAGUUAAGUACUAAGAGUAUAAAGUAUAAGUAUAUAUAUCUUAUAUCACUAACAGACUUCUUAAGUUGCACUAAGAGAUGAUGCAUAGAAUUCUAAAAAGUGAUAUUGUUGGCAUAAUUUUCCUUAAACUUUGUAUGACAACACUUUGCAUGUAAGAAGUAGUCAUAGUAUAGAUGGUCAGAUUUUCAAAAAUGUUUGAGAGCCUAUCAGUGUUUCCAGGAAUCUUUUAUCUUUAGUGUUCGAAAUACUUUCUUUGGAAGCACUUUAUCAUCAUUGAUUUUUUUCCCCCUUCAGUUGUGAUGUGUAACUUCUGUGUUUCAUUGGUUAAUAGCUGUAUGUGUUAUUUCUACCAUUGCUUGUAAUCAAUCAUUUAAAAUAUUAUUUUUUAACAAUAUUUUUUAUUUCAUUUUAUGGAUUUGCAUUGUGUACAGAGUCCUGCAACAUUUCAAAAUGAGGGAGAAGCUAGUAAAGAAAUUGACGUAUAUCCAUCAGCAUGAAAGUUUGAGUGAAUCCCAGGGAAUUAAUUCUACAAACAGUUGGCUUAUAGAGUAUUUUGUAGUAUUGUGGCCAUACAACUUUGUAACUUCAGAGGUAUCAUAAUGAUUAGUUGGGUGAUAAGGAAUUCCUGUAUAUACUUCUAUUAUAAAACAAAGGUAAUUAACAAAUAUGAUUUUAAAUGUUAAUGUUCUAAGUUAACGGUAAAUGUCAUUUUCCAUGAAAUGAGUCUGAUGAUUUAAACUGUGUCCUCUGACUUUAAUUCCUUUCUCAUGUAUCCCCCACUGUUUCUUCUGUUAAUGUCCAUUGAUAACAGUUCUCCAAAUUGAUUACUCACUUAAUUCACUAUAAAAUGUAUCUUGGAAAUGCUGGUUUUUCCUCUCCUUUCCCUCAAGGUGGUUGUGGGAACAGCUGGCAUUACCUGUGUGUGAGUGGCUGGUAUGUUGUCAACACUCAUGUUUCCCUUUUUUGGGGGCAGAAUAGUGGUAAUUAUUCUACCAAGUUGUUUCAGUUAGUCAUUAAAAAUUUGGAAGCAUUGGGGCUAUGAUUCCCUCUCCCCCUUUUUAUCAACAGAUGGUAGGACACAUGCUUAAGUCCUUUAUCCUUUGCAACUAAUGUAUUUUUGUGAAAUGGGUGUAAUAGGUCCUACUUUACUGAGAUCUUUGAGAGGGACAUAUAAAAGUAAUUCUUUUAUAUUGUUACAUAUGUAUAAAGCCACAACAAUGCCUAGUUAAAAGAUACUGCUUAAACAGAAGAUGUGAAAUGUCAAGCCUAGAAAAAAGUAAUGAAGAAAUAAAAUGUAGUCUUAAGUAUAUGGUAUAAUUGAGAAAUUUCAUACCUAAUCUAAUCAUGAAAAACUUACUUACAAGUUUGCUUUGUACUCAGAACACAUUUUUCCAUAGAAGCAAUUUUAUGGUCUUCAGAGAUUUUGUACGCCAGUCCACAAAAACCUAUUCAAUUCCUAGUUUCCAGUUUUGCAAGUCUCAUUGUAACUGCGUUUCUAUGGAAAAGGCAUUUGUCAUUCUUCCUCAGAAUAUUAGGAACACAUUUGGUUUUACUUCUAAGUAUUUUCCAGAAUUCUUUUGAUCGCAUGUGGGAAUCUAUUCAAAUUGGCUUAUGUGGACAAAAAAGCAUUGAUGCACUCACUUAACUGUAAAGUCCAAGGGUAUUUUUAGGUUUUGGCCUUUGGUUAUGCUAGGUCUGGGGGCUUGGAGAGUGGCCUGGAUCUCUCUCUCCAUCUUUGGACUCUCUCAGGAGGUGGUCUUCCUUCUCAGGUAACCUGGAGUCCCCUGUGGCUCAUUUUUACUCCUUAUCCAUACAGAGUGGGGGAUGGGAUCACAAAGCUAUGACUACGAGACCACGGGCCUGUGAGUACCACCCUUAAAACUGUGGGGUGAUGGGAAGACCAGUCCCUCAAUGCAGAUUAGUGUGCUUUUACCAGAAGAAUUAGAACUCGGUGCAGGGUAGGCCACACCGUGAAUAUUUGUACCCUGUACUUCAUCUGAACCAAAGGCAGCAGUUCAUGGAACUGUUUCCCCCUCUCUCCUCCUCACUCUGUGCCUCCUGCUGCUGCUGCCCAAAUAGGAAGGGUUGGAUCGGAUAAACCCGAAUGGGUAUCUCAGAGUUAGAGUGGUGGGAAUAGAGAGAACUCAUCCCAGUUGUUGGAGAGCAGUACCUUUAGGUGAUUAGAGGAAUGUAAGAGAAUUUUGUCAUUUGAUAAAUACAGGUGAAUUGGGUUUAUUUUGUUGUUAAGCUCUUUACAUUUUACCCUGGUUCUAUCUAGAGAGAAAGUUUUUGUUCUUAGGGUGAGUAUUAUGUAGCAGACCAAGACAGCUUAUUCUCAUGAAAAUAUUAUUUGAAGUACUUGGAAAAAAUCCUUAGUAACAAUCUUCCAUGUCAUACCCUGCCUCCUCUACUUGCUUGAGUAUAAAAACACAUAAACUAGAUGUUUAUUACCAAUUUUGGUUGUCAUUUUUACGUAGAAAUCAAUUCCUGUAAAAACUUCCAUUUGUAAGCCCUGCAGAGCAGAAAAUCAUCUAUUUUUCUUUGUUUUCAUUUGAUUUCACUUUGUAUAUGUGUUUAUUACUCUUUGUUACCAUCUAUACAUCAUAGAAGGCUGUCUGUCACUUCUUCCUUGCCUCAGUCAUUACUUCUCUUGUAUCCUAAGAGGUUAGCAGAAGGUAUCUACUUAAAGUUUCUGUGUUGCUUUUGAUAAUGAAUUAAAACCCCACAUGCUGUGUCAUCUCUCUUUCCCAUGUAUUGAUUCACGGGAGAUAUAGUCAGUCUCUGCAAUGUACUGGGAGCUAUUCUAGGCCCCGGUGAGAAUAGUCCCUGCCAUGAAAUGCUCUGACAUAAACAGGGGAUGGAGAGAAAAAUAAACUGGACUGCUGCUUGUAGUGCCCACCUCCGCCUGCCUCCAGUGUGCUCCCACGCUUAAAUCCACUUGCAGGAUCCAGCUGAGUCAUGUCUGUACUCACUUUCUCUGAUCCUCCCGGGUGGUCGGACUGUGUACCUUUCAAUUUUCAUGCUCAUCAUUUUGCUUCAUUCCUGAACUUUGUUAUUAGACUAUGAUUUAAGUCCCAUGCCUAAGUAAAGUUACAUAUCAUAGUAACUGAGAUGCAGUGUAUGUGUAUUGAAAGGAGAACCCGGGUCUCCUGCAUUGCAGGCAAACUCUUUACCAUCUGAGCCACUGGUGAAGCCCAUUGAAAGGUAAACAUACAAAAUAGAUAAUUAAAAUAUAUUUUAGGUCUGUAUACACUGUUAAUAAUAUUAGAAAGCUGAAAAAAAAUUAAAGAAAAACCCAGAAGCUUCAAUAAUUGUUUUUGACCACCUUGUCAAAAGGAGGAGGGUGGGGGGUUAAGUUUGUUUCUUUAGAAGAAAUAAAGGAAAACAGUAACUGAUGGGAAAAAGUGUAUAUUUGCUGGAUUUAAAUUAUUUCAUGUAAUUCUUAAAAGCCUUGUAAGGAGGUACUAUUUUAUCUGCUUUCUGUAUUUGUGGAGACCAAAGUUGUAGCAGUGGUUAUGUGUCCAAGAUGGGAUUCAAAUGGAAUUCAGAUGGAAUUCUUGGUUCAUAUUCCUGAGCGCCUAUACAUGACCUCAUGUUGUGAGAUGUUAAACUGAGUCCACUCCAUUCCAGUCUAUGUGGAAUCCUUUCAUUGGUCCUGAAACCAGGCUCUUAGUGAUCUUUGGAGCAGUGUUUAAUUCUUCUGACUUGUCAUCCUCUUCCUGGAAUCUGUCUGUCCAUCUUGGGUUGUGUGAAGUUGCUUUGAAUCUGGAAUGGCUCUUACUGUAUGUCAGGGGAAGCUCUUCGAGUUCGCAGCAGUAGGACUGCGUUUGGGGUGCCUGCCAAGAUUGUAUCUGCUGAGUAUGCAGGCCAGGAACAACAGUGAGGAUUAGCAUGGCCAAUUAGUACGAGCGCCUUUCUGCUGUACCGAUUUCCCAGAAUGUUUCUCAAAUUUCGUGUACCUGUUAGAAUUGCUCUUGGGCUGUAUCGGUUUACGCUGUUAGACUGCUCGCAUUUGAAGCAGUAGCAGUCCCGAGUACUUCCCACAUGAACCACAGCAGCCCGAGUAACCUGGAUGGAUAAGAUCAGUUUUUUAUUAGUCUGUACACCACUGAAUUAGUGAAGAUUCAUAUAAAAGAUUGAGGAACUAUAUUUUAAAAUAUCUUCGCUUUUAUGUGCUAAGUGUGUGAUAUCCUAUGAAGCAUCGUAUUAUGCAUAAUCCUUAUUUCCCCAGAUUUUGGUGAGGAAGCAGUUUGUGUGUAAUUCUUGUAAAAAGUCGAUCCUUCACUCUUAGAGUAAGAGCCAGGUUUUGGGGAACUUUCUGAUGCUCAGGGCUAGGCCUGUGCUGUUUGCCUGUGUUGGCCACCUGGUCCUUCCUCACUCCUAGCACCUUCCCUGCUGAAGAAUUUUGUACUUGCUGCUCCAAAGCUUUACCUGGAGACUCUUGUCUAGUAUAACUCAUAAGGCCGGGUCCCUGAUGUCCUCCUGUAAUCUGUUUCAGUCUUAAUCAGUAAGUCCUUUCCUCAUCUGUUUGUUGUGAAUAGUCCCACCCUCUUUCCCAAAGGGUCUGUCACUUUCCCCAUCUCGUAUACUCUAAAGAGUUCAUGUUUCUUAUCUUUUUACUGUUCCCUUCCUGUGGGUCAUAGGGGUUUUGUGUGUUGGUUUUCUAUAGAACAGCACUUUGAGUUGAGCUUGUCUUGUUUGGUUCCUAAGUUGUGUCUGACUCUUUUUGUGACACCAUGGACUGUAGACCACCAGGCUCCUCUGUGCAUUUGAUUUUCCAGACAAUAAUACUGGGGUGGGUUGCCAUUUCCAUCUCCAGGAGAUCUUCCCAACCCAGGGAUCGAACCUGCAUCUCCUUUAUUGACAGGUGAAUUCUUUACCUCUGAACCACUAGAAAAGCCCACCUUGAGUCAGUAGGUGCUGAAUAUUUGUUGUAUGAAUGAAUGCAAUAUGCAAUUUAGUAACUUUUAAAAUGUUCUGUAUUUCUGGAAGAAAAAUCCAUUUUUUCUUUCCCAUGGUGGUCUGAUAUAGUUGGGUAGUAUUGAAUAAAUUAAGUUGAUAUUGGACUAGGAUAAAUGUGUCAGGUAAUUAAACUUGCUGUUAACAGUUGAUUUAAAGUACUCAUUUCAUUACUUUUUAUAACUUCUUCCAUUUUGAAUUAAAAUUGGAGGCAAAAUUACACAGUUAUUAAAUAUAAACUUUUUAAAAAUUUAUUUAUUUUAAUUGGAGGCUAAUUCCUUUACAGUAUCGUGGUGGUUUUUGCCAUACAGCGACAUGACUCAGCCGUGAGUGUACACAUGUUCCCCCGCAUCCUGAAUCCCCUUUCCCACCUCCGUCCUCACCCCAUCCCUCGGGGUUGUCCCAGAGCACCAGCUUUAGGUGCCCUACCUCAUGCAUCGAACUUGCCCUGGUCAUCUAUUUUACACAUGGUAAUAUACAUGUUUCAGUGCUAUUCUCUCAUAUUGUCCCAGCCUCGCCUUCAUUUUUUUUUUUUUUUUCCUGAUUUAUCUUAUGCACUCAAAGACCUAAACACAAGAUAUGUUUUUAAGAGAAUUCGAUGAUCUUCCAAAUCAUACAGGAGCUGUUGUGGUUGGCUUGCAAUGGUCAUUCAGCCCUAGGUAAUCACCAUCAGGCAAUUGUGGUCACUCUGCUGCUCUUGCCAGUGGAGGAAUAGAAGUGGGUUUUGGUUUUGACUAUUAAAAUGGGAAGAAUGGUAAGAACUUGCAGGAAAAAUUUCUUCAAGCCUAAGAAAGAAGUGGAAGAAGAGGUGGUUCUUUGCUUCUGGACGAAGUCUUGUCUCAAAGAGGACCUUGCCGCCCGGGAGACCUGAUUACCACCCUGAGGAUGAAGCCAGUGCUGAGAGCCAGCCAACCUGCUGUUAAAUAAUAAAUUUCCUUCUUGUUCAAGCCAGUGUGAGUUGGUGUCUUGUUAUUUGCAGCCCCAGCAACGUCAAAACCAAUACUUUCAUUUCAUAACCUGACUGAAUAUUUAUUUCAGUGCUACAUCCUUGCCAUUUGUACCUCACAAUAAAUCCAGUUUGAAAACCUUUCCUUUGCCUUACACGUGUUUAUUUUUCUUGUUUAGUUUUUGAUUACUUUUUGCCUAAACUCUUGUACAAGACAUGGAUUUACCACUGUUUUCUGGGGAACACUUAUUCAUGGAUUCAUGGGCUAAAAUGGACUUGGGUAAGAAAAAAAAAUUGGAAAUGCCAAGAGUAAAAGCUUUCAUAUGGGUUAUCAAAUCAAUAAGAAUUAUUCUAGAAUGCGUUUUCAUUAAAUGUUAGCACCUUUAUCAGAGUCUAGGGAAGGAAAGAUGUUAAUAAGAACUUCAGCUUCUCUGAAGUUUACAAAAUAGUUUAUUUUUGUGCUGAUUUCACCUCUGGAAAAUCACCAUGACUAGGUGUCAGUAAAUUUACAAUUCAGCUGCCACUUUGGACAGAAAAGAAAACCGCUCAGUAUUUUCUGUCGUUAUGGGCUUCCUCCUGUUGUGUUUCAUGUUUCACAAUUUCAACUUUAGAGACAACUCCCAUCUGGUUGUUAGGGGCAGUGUGGUUCUGGGUAUUGAUGUGUAGUAGUAGUUUUCAGGCACUUUUGCCUCAGAUUUUUUUCAAAUGAAAGUUUUCUCUAAAUCCAAUAUGAAUGGGAUUUUCAGGCAGCUUAAAUCUUUCUUGUUUGAUGGGGACAUAUUUUACUGCUUAUCGAACCCAUGGAGCACAGUUUGAAAGCCUGCUACAGACAGGCUUAGUAGAAUGACCUUGUAAUUUUUCAUCCAACCUGAGAUACUUUUGAGAGUGAAAUAAUUAUACCAGGACAACAGACAAACUGGAAGUGUUUGGGCAAAUUAGGCGUGUGGUACUGAAAUGGUGGAUGAUGCUAGAACUCAGAUGGGCAUCUCUUUGGUAAAUAGUAACAGGGAAAUUGAUGAGUCCCCGUUCCCUCCUCUACAGCUCUAAGCCACUCUGGUACAGCUAGAGCCGGGACCCUGUAGAGUCUGCCCCCAUUUAAAAAGCAAAGCAGCCCUUCGCUGGGUGCACCCCGUCCUUGGGCACCUGCUAUGUACCAGGUGCUUUCUGUGGUGCUGAAAGUGCAAAGAUGAAUCUCUUGAUUCAGAAGAUGAAAAGUUUACCCUAUUAAUUCAGCAAAACUUGGCCAUGGAGAGGUCCAUACCUGUCCCAGUAACAGUUGAGAGCUCGUAAGCAUAGGUUAUUUAAGUGGAAAAGUGUAUGGGGGAGUUUUCAGCCUUGAAUUUGGAUCUUGAAAUGUGAUGUGUUUUACUAAAGGCUUUCAUCUCUUACCCCCACCCCCUGAAAAUGAACUAUAAUUAGGAUCUGUGCCUAUUUGUGUAUGCCCUCUCUGGAAUCUAUAGUUAGGAGCAGAACACGAUUGUGUGCGUUGGUGUUUGUUUUCUAAUGUUAGAUUUUUGCGUAAGUAGUGUCAGAAAUGAGUUCCUAGAGGAAAUAUCAGUGAUGAGGUGGGGUCCUGUGAACUCUGUUUCAGUCUUUUUUAGGAUUUGGGAGACGGGGUAGGAGUAUGUUUUUGUUAAUGAGAGAAAAACAAAGAGCUAUAAAAGAGGGAAUAGUCAGGAAGAGUAGAAGAGUAAAUGAGGAUCUCCCAGAUUACAGCAGUAUACCUACAUUGAGUUAAAGGUGCUUAAAAUUAGAAAAGGCCUCUCUGUUCUGUCCUGACCUUUUCACUCCAGCUGUUGACAUGCAGACACAUGCCCUUUAAUAUCUGCUCCUGGUACAAGACUCUCAGUGGGGUAACAGAGAGCCCAGGGUUUGGUAAAUGGAAUUGUCAGGCUCAUGACAGUCUAAUUUAGUUUUCAAAAUUGUUGUAUUUAGGAUGCAUUUUAAUGUGCUACAUACAAAAUCUCAAAGAAUUAGCAAUAUAUAAGAUUUUAGAGCAGCAUUGACUUUAAAAUCAUCUUUUGUGUUAAUAUAUCCUGAUGUCUUAUUUUCCUUAAGACAAGAAAAGCAGAAGAACUUUUUUUCCCAUAUUUUUUAUGGAAUUUUUAAUGGAAUUGCAUGUGUUAACUUUAGAAGGGUGUACAUAGUGAGUUAUGUUUUUUUUCUUAUAUUUAACUAUAGUUUUCAAGAAGAGUAAUUAAUUAUAUAUAAAUCAGAGAAAGGCAUGCAGGCAAUAAGAGUAGAAAGUUCCAGUACCAUCUUAGUUGUCUUAUUGCUGAAUUUGGAGUUCAAAACUUAGAAGUUCCUUAGUCACUUAUGAACGCGAGAGGAGAUUGAACCCAUACUGAACUUCUUUUGCCAAUUUCAGGCAUGACUUGUUAUAUUUUAUUUUACUUAUUUUUUGUGACUUAAUCUUUUAGAGAUUUGUGAAUAUUCAAAUAAUGAUUUAUUAUUUUUUAAAUGAAAGGUUAAUUUAGGUAAAGAGUUGUUAAAGGCCCAAUGAAUUCAAAGAAGGAACUAUUUUCCAACUUUAUUUUUUUAUAUCAAUAUUCUCAUGUAAUAGAAACUGGAAAUCGUUGAAUAACUGACAAUAUUGAUGAAGUGUUGGGAAAUAUUAUUUUACUUGGUUUAAUGUGUCAAAAAAUUUUUAAAAAGAAAAAAAGAAACUUUAAGUUAAUUUUGUGAAUAAAAAUGCAGGCCUUAAAGAAAAACCUGCUCCAAAGACAACAGUGCCACCAGAAGAGGCAGACAUGUACCCUUGGCUGGAAGAUCAGGUUCUGGAGAGCCCAG